GAGAGUGCGAGUGAAAGAAGGGAGGGUGGAAAGCUGGAGGCAAUCCCGCCCACUCUUGCCCUCGACUUAUAAAGGACCUCAAGAAUGGAAAAGACCUGCUGAGAAAUACAAGCCAACAACCGAGAUAAAGGAGGGAGACCCAGGACGGGAGUGAGAGAGAGAGAGAGAGAGAGAGAGAGAGAGAAAACGAAGAGGGGAAGCAAGAAAGGACUUUAAAAAGGCUGCACAAAUGGAUGAACAGCAAGAAAUGAAAGUCAAGAAUCCGUGGCACAGGCCACAUAUCUUUCUUGCCACUGCUGGUAUUGCAGCUGCAAUCAUCAUAAUGGUGGCCAUUGCAGUUGUACAGAACAAGCCUCUACAACAGAAAUACAAGUACGGGAUAGUUCUUGACGCAGGGUCUUCCCACACAUCUGUUUAUAUCUACGAAUGGCCAGCUGAGAAAGAGAACAACACUGGGAUGGUCAAGCAGAAACAGGCGUGCAGUGUAAAAGGCCCAGGGAUCUCCAGUUACUCAAAGACUCCAGAGAAGGCUGGUGAGUCAUUGAAGGAGUGUAUGGAUAAUGCCACGAAGACCAUACCUAAACACAGACACCCUGAAACUCCUGUAUACCUGGGAGCCACAGCAGGCAUGAGACUACUCAAGAUGGAAAAUGAUGUUGACUCCAAAAAAGUGUUGGCGUCUGUGGAGAAGUCUCUUCAGACGUACCCAUUUUCCUACCAAGGAGCUCGUAUUAUCACUGGUCAAGAGGAGGGAGCUUUUGGCUGGAUUACUGUCAACUACCUGAGUGAAAACUUCAGAAAGGCUUCCAGGACUGUGGGAGCUCUUGACCUAGGUGGAGCCUCCACUCAGAUCACCUUCGUGCCUGGACAGCAAGUGGAGUCUUCAGACAACUCUAUUGAUUUCCGCCUCUAUGGAAAUGAUUAUCAUCUUUACACCCACAGUUUCCUUUGUUAUGGAAAGGACCAAGUGCUAAAGCUUUAUUUGGAACAGCAAAUACAACCAAACGCAGAUAUGACAGAUAACAUAAUUCUGGAGGACCCUUGUUUCCAUCCAGGCUACAAUAUCAUUAAGAGCUUUCAGAGUGUCUUUGACAGCCCCUGUGUCAAAAAUUUGACCAAUUCUCAGAAAGGACAGAAUUUCACACAUAGAGGUAUUGGGAAUUGGAAUAAAUGCAACCAAGCAAUCAAGGAGGUCUUUAAUACUUCUCACUGUCGUUAUUCAAGAUGUUCCUUUAAUGACGUCUUUCAGCCGCCUGUGACAGGAAGAUUUGGGGCAUUUUCUGCUUAUUUCUUUGUCAUGGACUUUUUAAAUGUGACCCCUGAUCACAGCUUAGACGAGGCAAAAAAAAUACUGGAAGCUUACUGCACCACACCAUGGGGCACUUUAAAGCAAAAACACCGUAAAGUGAAGGAGAAGUAUCUUGCAGAAUAUUGCUUCUCAGGUACCUAUAUCGUAUCCUUGCUUGAAGAUGGAUAUAAAUUCACAACUAAUGACUGGAAAAACACUGAAUUCAUCAAAACGAUUAAGAAUAGUGAAGCUGGCUGGACGCUGGGUUACAUGCUGAACCUGACAAACAUGAUCCCUGCUGAAGCUCCAGACACUCCACUUCUGCCUUAUGGGGGUUAUGUCUCACUCAUGCUUGUCCUCUCUUUCCUGAUUAUUGUCUGUAUCAUACUUGGUUGUAUAUUCUUCCGCCGACCAUCUGGCCCAGCCCAUAAAGAAAUUAUUUAGAGGCACUGACAUUCUGCUCUCUGUCCUUAUGGAACAAAUAUUUCUGAAGAAUGAAACCUAUGGGACUGAUAACCACUUUUUUAACUUCUUGUCAAGAGUUUAAAGCUGUGUGAUUUAAUAACAGGUCAGUGUAAGAGACUCUAUACCUCAUUUGAAGGUGACAAAGGCUGAAAUCAAGGAUUUGAAAUCUUGUUGAAUUGGAGGGCAUGAUGCGAGUUGACAUUUCUGAUUUCUAGUCUUUAAAAGCUGAUUCAAAAAAAUCUCAGGAGUAAUGAUCAUAACUGAAAUUGCAGAAGGCUGUAGGUUUCUUCUAAAAGAAAAUGCACUGAUAUGUAUAUUGUGUGCCUUCAAUCCUUAUGAAGAACCCAUAUUAAUCCUUGCACAUACAAAAA